AUGAUGAUGACAGAGGCAGGUAUGAUCGACUCGAUGCACGAGGAGAAUGUUCAAGUCGAUCAACUGCCACUCGUGGUUCCACUCAUCGAAGAUUACGAUCCCCUUGGAAACACCAAACACAUCAUCACCAAAUCUCCCCUACGAAAAAGUAAAAGUAAUCAUAUUCAUUUAAAUAAUAAUAAUAAUAAUAAUAAUAAUAGUGGUAGUAUAGUUCAUUCUUUAUCAUCAUCUUCAUUAUCACCCUUAUCAUUUUCAAAAAGAAUUGCAAUGGAAAAGAAAACAAAAGAGGAUUCAAAUCAAGAAUCAUUAAUGAUGGAUGAAUCAUGUAGUACAUCAUAUCAAGAAAACUAUCAUUAUAAUGGCGGUAAUGGUAAAAGUCAAACAACUCAAUACUUGACACCACCUCGUAAUAAUCAUCAUAGUCAAAAUCAUCGGUCUCCCUCAUCUUUUAUAACAAGUGAUUAUGAUGAUGUUGAUGAUGAUUAUGACCAAUACAAUGAAGACAAUGAUCAAGACAAUGAUCAAGAUGACUCUUCUUCUUCUUCUUCAUCUUCAUCUUCAUAUUACAAUUAUCAUAAUAAUAUAAUGGAAGAAUAUGAUGAAAGUGAUAUUAGUACUCUUAGAGAGAGUACUGGUAGUAAACAUCAUUCAAUUGAUUUUUCUUCAUCCAUACAAUCUUCUUUAUCUAUUCAAUCUUGUUUAUCUUCCUAUCAACAAUCAACUUUAUAUAAAUCAUCAAGUAUAAAUAAUUAUAAUACCUAUAUCAAUCAAAAUAAUCAAAAUAGAAAUUCAAGUAUGGAUCAUUAUCCAAAAUUACCACCAUUAAAUGUAACAAAGAAAAAAAGAUUACAACAACAAAGAAAGAGUGAUCCAACCAAUAAUAAUACUUCAUCUCAACAAUUAUUAAAGAUAUCAACAACCAACAAAAAAAUAGCUUAUCCAGAUCAUCAUAAAGAUGAUUUCUUUGAUUAUGUACAAACUACUCCAUCUAAAAAACAUUUACCUUUGGUUCAACAAUCACAACAACAACAACAAAAACAACAAAAACAACAACAACAACAACAACAACAACAACAACAACAACAACAAAAUAGAUCUAUUAUUUCGGCAGAUGAAUAUUUUCAAAAUAAUCAAGAAUUUAAACAAUUGUUAACAAGGGUUGAAGAAAACUCUAGGUAUCAGGCAACACAAUUUUAUGAAUUAAUGUAUAGAAUUCAAUCGAUUGGUCAUCAAAUGACUGAUUUAUUGGGUGAGAAUUUAGAUAUUUAUGGCAAUUCAAUGAACGAGGCAUUGGAUGAAUCAUCAAAUUAA